UGUGUUUUAAAGGGUGCCGUCCAGUGAGGGGAAAACAACCAUAGAAUGGGGAGAACGCUUGCCAACAGCGUAGUGGACGGUAACCUGUGUCCAGAAUGCAUGGAGACACGUCGUCCAGCUUACGUGGGGCCCGGCCCUGGACAGACAUUCCCCAGAGAAGGUAGAUGGCCGGUAGACCCGCCAGCAGACGCUCGGCCCCUCAGCCAGCGAGGAGCUGCGAGUGAGAACCGCAGUGGGCCGCCCUUCCUGCCCAGCACCCCGGGGCUGUGGUGGGUGGGGGUGGGCACCCCGGCUUUGCAGAGCAGCAGACAGGACCUCAGAGAGACCCCUCGGGGCGUGCGUCCUGAGUGUCUCCAGCAGAGUUCGGUCUCCGGUGUUACAGUGUUCUGUGUGUUUUCUGUUGUCUCCGUGUGGACUUGAGGUCACAGCGCUAGUGAGUGACAAGAGUCCUCUAGGAGCUUCCGUCACGGAAUGGGACUGCAGUUCUAAGCACUGAUUGCAGGCUUACCCGAGUGUUCUGCUGUGGGAGGGACCUUAGGGACAGUCUGAGGACAGGUUUCUGUGUCCCCGGCUAGCCAGCAGCCUGCGGUUCCGUACCGGCGUGUUUGUUUCCUGUGCGCUGGGAUUUUGAGUGUGCAGGCGGCCUGCCCUGGCCCCCGCGUGUGGGUGUGCGGGCUGCACCCGAGAAGAGCCAUGGCCGGGAGCGGAUACGCUAUGUUUCCAGCGUCCCGUCGUGGGGCCCCUCGGGCGUCUGACGUGCAGACGGAAUUUCACAGGGACACGUGCGCACCUGCCCUGUGCACUGUUGGCAUUUACUGUGCGCGCUGCCUGCUGUCCGUUCACGCGUCUUUCCCUCUGUGCGCUGAGCAGUUUUCUGUCUUCUCGGCACCCCAGAGGGUGAUGUGUCCGCCAGAGGCUCCCCUCAGCGCCGCAGCUUCUCCUCUGUAGUUUGAGGUAAAACUUACCGGCACUGAUUCACGCGGACCUUGACUGUGUUUUGACAAGUGUGUGCUCGUGUGCGACCCCUGCCGAGGCUGAGGACAGGGUCAUCACGCCAUGCCCCUCCCGGGCAGGCCGUCGGCACGGUUCUGGUCUCCCGUUGGUGACACGUGUGCUCGGCCUCGCUCCGCGUUGUCGUGAGUUUACGCAGGUGAUCUUGUCCCUGCGUCAGCAAGCACACGUCCCCCCGAGAGUGACCGCUGUCAGCUGCCCCCGUGCUCCGGGGUGUCGUCAGUUGGGCCUCUGCUCUCGGCUGGUUUGGUUUCACAGACGUGGCCCGAGCCGUGGGCUUCUGGCUCACGGUGUCGGUUCUGUCUAGGCGGGCCGGCAUCGAGGACUCCAAGAAGUGGGGGAUGCUGUUCCUGGUGAACCAGCUGUUCAAGAUCUACUUCAAGGUGGGACUGUGGGGCCCCUUCCUUCCUCCUGUCUCCCCGGAUGCCAUCUCCGGACCGGCCUCCACGGCCUCGCCGGGUCGAGACCCUCACCUGGCCGCCUCCAGCCAAGGGCUAAGCACCUGCGGGGUUCAGGGACUGUCACGAGGGUGUGCGCAUGGCCCCGUGGGAGCCUCUGCCCCACGAGGGGAGCUGCACCUCCCGGGGAGAGCCUGGUGCCCACUGGGGGACCUGGGCUGUCCCGUGGGGGGUGUCGCCCGGUGGGGGGUGUCGCCCCGUGGGGAGUGUCGCUGUACGACUGGUACGGAGCAGGUGGCCGCGGGCAGGCGGGGGCGGACGGGUCAAGAGGUCCUCGUGGCGCGGCGCAUGCUCUCGCGUCUCUUGGGAAGCGGUCGGUCCGGUGUCGCUGAGUCGCCGCGGGGGCCGUCGCAGAUCAACAAGCUGCACCUGUGCCGGCCGCUCAUCCGCGCCAUCGACAGCUCGAACCUCAAGGAUGACUACAGCACCGCGCAGAGGGUGACGUUCAGGUACUACGUCGGGCGCAAGGCCAUGUUCGACAGCGACUUCAAGCAAGCGGAGGAGUACCUGUCCUUCGCCUUCGAGCACUGCCACCGCGCGAGUCAGAAGAACAAAAGGAUGAUUCUGAUAUAUUUGCUUCCGGUCAAAAUGCUGCUGGGUCACAUGCCGACCAUCGAGCUGUUGAGGAAGUACCGUCUCAUGCAGUUUGCCGAAGUGACCAAAGCCGUCAGCGAAGGCAACCUCCUGCUCCUGAACGAGGCGCUGACGAAGCACGAGACCUUCUUCAUCCGCUGCGGCAUCUUCCUCAUCCUCGAGAAGCUGAAAAUCAUCACCUACAGGAAUCUUUUCAAGAAAGUGUACCUGCUGCUCAGAACACACCAGUUGUCUCUGGACGCCUUCCUGGUCGCCUUGAAGUUCAUGCAGGUCGAGGACGUGGACAUCGACGAGGUCCAGUGCAUCCUGGCCAACCUGAUCUACAUGGGCCACAUCAAAGGCUACAUAUCACACCAGCACCAGAAGCUGGUAGUUAGCAAGCAGAACCCGUUCCCUCCGCUGUCCACAGUGUGUUGACGGGGCACACGGCCCGAGGACAGGCGAGCUGGGUCUCGUCUGGCUGUAUCCGCGCACGUGGACUCGGUCCCGGGCCACCACGGUGUUGUCUGCGUCCGUGCUCUCCGGGGCUCGCUGGCUGCACACGAUGCCUUGAAACUUCCAUGAGGGCCUGCGGACAGCCUGACCUGCCUCUGGAGAAAACGCGGGCGCAGCCGUUCCCUCUGGAGCUGGGGACGCGUCGGUGAGGGGCUCUCGGGCUCACCAUUUGUAAAGGCGUCUUUGUCAGCCUUUAUGUAACUUUCUCUAUAAAACGUCACCGUGAGUUUAUAUAGUUGGCAUAUUCUUUAUUUUGUCUUAACGUACAGCAUUUUUAUAUGUUAAACUAGAAUGUUUUACAGAAUUAAAAUGUUUCACUUGA